UGAUAAUAAUAAUGUACUUUGACAUAUAGAAUUAAUUCCAUCAUCAUAAUAGCCAUUUGGACAAUUACAUAACUUUAAUAAUGCAUUAUAUUAUCUAAGACUAGAAGGAUGACAACUUAAACAAUAAUCAUCUUUUAAUUCACAGGUUUCACAUUUGUAACUACAUUCUGAGAAAUAUAAAAGAAAAUGAUACGUAAACAUUGUGUUGAACCAAAAUCAAAAUAAUUAGUUUUACAUGGACAAGUAUUUCCAUUUAAUACUCUAUUUUCAGAUUCUAGACAGGAUUUACAAUUAGAAGAAGAAAAGCCAUCACAAGUCAAACAGGAAUAAUGACAACUUGAACAAGAAGUUUGAGUAGAGAAUUAGUAAGUACUAAUUUAAACUCCAUUUAAUUUAGUUUUGCAUAAACAGGUAUUGGAAUUAUGUAAAAAUCUAUCUGGUUUGCAAGAAGUACAUUGAUCAGCACUUUGAUAGCAAUUUAAACAAAAUUUACUACAAACUAAAGAUAAUAAGAUAAUAAACUUUGACACUCUGCAGUUCCAAUGUCAUAAUAUUAAUUUUUACAUUCACAUUCUCCAUUGAUAUUUAAUUGUCUUUAUUAUAGAUCACUACAUGAUGUACAUUAAUUCGAUUGAAAUCCUGAGCAGGAAGAACAAGUAGAAUGACAUACUAGAAUGUGGAUUAAAAUAUUUACUUUGAC